AUGCACCACCUCCUGGAGCCGUCCGCGGACAUGGCGACGGCGCUGCUCGCGGGCGAGAAGCUGCGCGAGCUCAUCCUGCCGGGCGCGCAGGACGACAAGGCCGGCGCGCUGGCCGCGCUGCUGCUGCAGCUGAAGCUCGAGCUGCCGUUCGACCGCGUGGUCACCAUCGGCACCGUGCUGGUCCCCAUUCUGCUCGUCACCCUGGUCUUCACCAAGAACUUCGCAGAGGAGCCCAUUUACUGUUACACCCCGCACAACUUCACGCGCGACCAGGCGCUGUACGCCCGCGGCUACUGCUGGACGGAGCUGCGGGACGCGCUGCCCGGCGUGGACGCCAGCCUGUGGCCGUCGCUGUUCGAGCACAAGCUGCUGCCCUACUCGCUGCUGGCCUUCGCGGCCAUCAUGUACGUGCCGGCCCUGGGCUGGGAGUUCCUGGCCUCCACGCGCCUCACCUCGGAGCUCAACUUCCUGCUGCAGGAGAUCGACAACUGCUACCACCGGGCGGCCGAGGGCCGCGCGCCCAAGAUCGAGAAGCAGAUCCAGUCCAAGGGCCCCGGCAUCACGGAGCGCGAGAGGCGCGAGAUCAUCGAGAACGCCGAGAAGGAGAAGAGCCCCGAGCAGAACCUGUUCGAGAAGUACCUGGAGCGCCGCGGCCGCAGCAACUUCCUGGCCAAGCUGUACCUGGCGCGGCACCUGCUCAUCCUGCUGCUCAGCGUGGCGCCCAUCUCCUACCUGUGCACCUACUACGCCACGCAGAAGCAGAACGAGUUCACCUGCGCGCUGGGCGCCGCCCCCGCCGUGCGGGUCAGCUGCAAGCUGCCGGCCGUGCAGCUGCAGCGCAUCGUGGCCGGCGUGGACAUCGUGCUGCUCUGCUCCGUGAACCUCAUCAUCCUCGUCAACCUCAUCCACCUGUUCAUCUUCCGCAAGAGCAACUUCAUCUUCGACAAGCUGCACAAGGUGGGCAUCAAGACGCGCCGCCAGUGGCGCCGCUCGCAGUUCUGCGACAUCAACAUCCUGGCCAUGUUCUGCAACGAGAACCGCGACCACAUCAAGUCGCUCAACCGCCUGGACUUCAUCACCAACGAGAGCGACCUCAUGUACGACAACGUGGUGCGGCAGCUGCUGGCCGCGCUGGCGCAGUCCAACCACGACGCCACGCCCACGGUGCGCGACGCAGUGGCCAGGGGAGGGCAGCGCUGGCGGCCUCAGGGCGAGGAGUCCGCGGCUCAGGCGGUCCGGGACACGCGCAGGCUGGUCACCUCUGGCAGCACCCGGCACCGUGUCCGGGGCUGCGUGUGCGCCCCACAGCCUCGCCCCACCAGCCAGAGCUUGGCCUGA